AUGCUCACUGUUAAACUCGCACGUAUGAAGCGUAGUAUUCAGCGUCUUCGUCUUGAACGGGCUUUUAUUCUUGAAAAACUUGAAGAAUGUACUCCUUCGGCUGAUGAAGAUUCCAAUGCGUCUGAUUCUUCUGUUCAUUCUUUCAAGCGUGAAAAAGAUUCUUCACAUUCAGAAAAUCACGACCCAUUUGUUCAUUCCAAUGUACGUGAUACGGUACCUUCUUUCAUUCAAUCUCAGUCAGCAUCUUCUGCCACUACAACUAGUUCACGAAGACGUCGGACUCGUGAUCCAGAUGCUCCAAAACGUCCGUCUAAUCCAUUUUUAAAGUUUUGUGAUGUUCAAAGGGAGAAAAUUCGCUCUGAAAAUGAAGGAGUUGAUCGAUUUGAUGUUACUCGGGCAUUAGGUGCUGCUUGGCAAAAUUUAGAUGAUGAGUCACGGAAACCCUAUUAUGAUGCCUAUGAAUUGGAAAAAAAACAGUUUAAAAUAAAGAUGGAUGAGUAUGAGAGUGGGAAUUCUCGACUUUUGGCUCAACAAUCGAAAUCUACAUCAUCAAAUGAAUCAAAUGUUCGUCAAAAGCAUUUGAAAAAUUUAGAAAAACAUGAUAUUAAGCCUUCUAGAAAUACAUCUACAGAUCUUGAUGAUGAUUCGAGUUCACAUGCGAAUUAUAAUCAAGAGUUAGUGGACAAUGAUUCGACAAAAUCAAUUUUACCAAUGGAAUUCACACCAACAUCUGCUACAUUUAGUCAUGAUACCUCUUGA